AUGGCUGGAAAAGCAGGGGAGCCCCGUGUCCCAGCCACCUUGCAGAAAUCCCGCCUGAAGACCGAGGAGAAGGUUCUGGACCUUGACUUCCAGCUGGAGAGCGUGCAGUUUAAUGAACUAGGGAGGUACGCCCUGCGGUUGACCGCCGAAAAUCCUCUGGUGGAGGGGUCAGAAGCUGGGGUGCAACUGCAGGUGAACGAAGGAGAAGUGCUUCAUACCAACACGGCCACCACCAACGUGGUGGAGCAGACCAACCUCAGCGAAGUCUACACGUUUGAGAAGCGGAGGUUUCUCUUCAUCCUGCCCAAAGGUUUCUGCAAAAAUGAUAAAAACCAUGAUGCUCGUCUGCGGAUUGAAGCUUUACGCCAGCGUGGGUCCUUCCUGAAGACCAACGUGAAGACAGGAGAAGCUUUCUUUGCUAUUUACCCCCGCACUAACCAACCUAGAAUAAACCUCUUUGCCAGCAAGGACGAAGAUUUAUACCGUUAUAGUGAUAUUAUGGUGCUUCUCCGGGCUGGUGGCAAUGACUUGGCCAUGCAUUGUGGGAGGUUGGCUUACACCGUAUCGUUCCAUGAGCAUCGACCCGGAGCCAAGAGAGAAAUACCCAUCACGCCACGUCAUCUUUCUCCUUUGGUCCCCCGCAAGGAAGAUAAGAUGCAGGUGGAGGUGGGAAGCUCUUAUCUGGCACCUGUACAGUUGCUGGGGGUCCAGCCAGAGAGGACCCCAGGCAGUGCACUUGAACGACCAUCUCAGAUGUCGCCGACUGCAGAAUCCCAGAUUCGUGGGCACUCACCAUACGGCCUGCUGGAGUCCGAGAAAGAAGUCCCGGAUGAAGAUAUCCAAGACUUUUUAGAAGAACAAUCCAUCUUAGUAGCUUCUUCUUCUUCUUCCUCCUCCUCCUCUUCACUCGCACCAGCUUUGCCAAGAAGGUUAUCAAGCGAUGCCAGUCUCCACCUGCCUUCUCCAGAAGAUAGCCCAAAGCUGGCUUCUUUCUUCGGGUUGCUGAAGAAAUCAGACCACAGAAAACUCAACAAACGAAGUCGAUUCAGUUUCUUUUCUUUUGGAACCAAAAAGGUGAAAGAGGAUCCAGCUGGACCAGGACAAGCCACCUUGACGUCCCACACAAAUGACUGGCACCUGGCGAAUCCCGAAAAGGAAUCCAUCACCUUUGUGCUCCACAGUGCCUCCAACCUGCCCUCCACCCGCAAGGGAAAUGUCCCCCACCCAUAUGUCAUUGUCAAAACCACUUCAGAAGAAGACAGCAAGCAGCCAGCUCAGGCAGUGACCCACGUCCCUGCAGAACCCACGCAUGCUCCAACCUGGGAGGAAAGAGUGACCGUGGAAAUUGAUUCCAGCAAGGCAGGAGAAGAAGAUGUGUCUCUCGCCAUAGCUGACAAGGACUCCAAAGAAAUUCUUGUGAAAUACAACAUCCCUGUGAAAUACCUCCGUCCUUUCCACCAUUAUCAUUGUGCCUUGGUGCUGCCGCGGAAGAAGGACCAAACAGGAACCAAGUUAUAUGCAUCCAUCAUUCGUAAACGUAGCCUCAUCCCACGCUAUGCCGGAGUGAACUACACAGGGCUGGAGGUUUUCCUCAAAGGGAUCAAUGAACCUCUUGCACAGCCUGGUGGCAAAGUCAAAGCCGUUGCUAGAAUAGUGAAUAACCUUGGAGCCUACAUACAGAAGAUGCAAGCUCGGUUACCUGAUGCUCCUGCCGUUCCCUUGACCGUGGUGAAUUUCCCAGAUCCUGUAAUGGAGGAUUUUGAUGUCCCUCGAGUCAACAACCAUGGAUAUCCACAGGUGUCUUCGCUUGGUGGACCUCCUGAACAACCCAUGUGGAAUACUUCCUUCCUGUUCCAAGGAAGGGAUGGUGCUACCGCUUUUUCAGAUGAUACGGCCUUGCUCAUUGAAUACUAUAGUUCGACACCAGGAGAAGAUCUGGAAGGCACAUCAAAGUUUUUAGGCUAUUCCGUGCUGCCACUGACCAACCGAGUUUACCGAAAACUUGCGGCAGAUAGUAGCCGAAGUGGAAUUAGGGUAGAAAAUCUACCCAUCCAGGAUACCACUAUGAAAACCACAUCUGGUGGACUCCCAACUGUUCAACUUGGCCUUCAGUUAGUCAAUUCAGAGAGGCCAGAUGGGUUUCUGACUUCAUCAGCCACAAAUGGACUUCCCGUCCUGGAUCCAGAGUUGGUGGGGGAGCUCGGGACAAUCAAGGAACCGUGGACCAGGCCAACUUCCAAAACUGAACAGAAGACUACUUCAGCUAGAGAGUCUGUGAGCGAUUCCUACAUUGAACCUGAUCGUGUAUCUUCCUACUUUGACCUGACAGACAUGCAAAACAACAGGUUUCCGUUACCUGAUGCUGUAGCCAGGAUCCUGCCUGGAAAAGGCACCAGGCCAGUCAUUGAAGAGAUCCAAGACCUGGAAACAGAUAAUUACCGUGCAGCCCUGAAAAAAAUGGCGGAUGACAUCCUGUCCUUGCGCCAACAUAUUUCCACACUGGAGAGGGAAAACAGUGCCUUGAGACGUAACCUUGCCUUGCAUGAAGACAUUGGCCGGGCUCUUCUCCAAGACUUCGAUCUGGAUGUUAUGACCAAGGCAGAAAUAGUCGACAGAAUAAUGGCACUCAAGCAAAAAUUAUCUUCUGGGGCUCGGGAGAUGGCCCGGAUGAAGGAUCGGAUACAAAGACUGCAAAACGAAUUGAUUAGGAAAAAUGACCGAGAAAAAGACCUGGUGAUGUUACAGAAAGCCCACCAACAACAGCAGAUGGUGCUUCGAAAAUAUCAAGCCAAGAUGGCCAAGAUGCAAACCCUUGAAGAUGCGGUCCGGCAGCAGGAAAAGGUAAUCGAGAGGAUGGAGAGGAUGUUGGAAGGGAAGAUGAAGGAACGGAUCAAAGAGGCCUCUUUUGGAGAGUUAUCCAAAACGGCUGGUAAGUAAACCACAGCAGGUGACAACUGGUCCAAAGAUGUCUACUCCACCCUAUUGAUGGAGAACAUGAGGCUACGGGAUGAACUGGGGAAAUCUUCUUUUCGUUCACCCAUCAUAUUGCAACAACAAGCCUUACCAGAUAUGUUUUCAACCAGCUCAGAAAAGCUCUCGUUGGUUUCAAAGCUGGAGAAGGCUGAGGCACGCAUACUUGCCUUGGAACACCAGCUGGGAGACUCUGCCAAGAACUGGGGCCGAGAGAAGCAGAGUUACAACUCUCGUCUGCUUGAAAAUGACUUUGGAUUUGACCGAUCGCCAUCAUCGUUCAUAGUUCAUGAUGUUUAUCCGAACGAGAAGGAACGGAGAGAGGAUGAAGAGGAGAAGUACAAAAACUCAGGGAAGGUCAUACAAAAGUAGCCAGUUAGGGGGCCGAAUCUCCUUAUAGAAACCUCAUUAAUCCAACACAACUCAAGAGGCGUUGGAGUCCACAGCCUUCGACUUUAGUCUGGGAGGAGACCCUGGAAUUCUACCUGGUGCAGCAGAACAAAAUAUCUAUUGUAAAAUAUAUACAGUUAUAUAUCUCUUUCCUGGAGAGAUGAGCUGAAUACAGACUUCUCUGUAAACUACAUGACAGUGUUGGUGCAAAGUGGUGUAAAUUUUGUACAGUA